UCAAAAUGGCCCUGCUGCAGAGACAGCAGAAGUAGGAGAGAGAUUUGAUGUAUGGUUUUUUUCCUGUUAUUGUGAUGAUGUACAGCGUAGUUACUUGUCCUCUGGCUUAUAUAUUUAUUUUAUUAUGUGCCUUUUCGAGUCCUGCCGAAUCUGCAAAAAGCGAUAUUGAACUAGAUGCCAAAGCACAGCAUAACCAUCAGAUUGACAGCUUAAAUUUACUUUUGUAUACAUUCUUACUUACUCUGACAGUGUUAACCAUAUGGCUGUUCAAACACAGGAGAUUUCGAUUUAUCCACGAGACUGGACUAGCUGUGAUUUAUGGCCUUAUUGUGGGAGCUCUUAUACGAUAUGCUGGAAAUGCCAGUUCUGUUGUACACAUGACUGUUGUACCUGAGAAAGACAAAUAUAAUCUGUCUUUGCCUCCGGAUUCCUUAUGGCUACGUUUUCCAAACAAAGGAGGGUCACCAAAUGUUCCAAACAAGACGUAUGCCUAUACAUUCAGAGGAGAAAUUGAUGUUGAUGACAGUGAAAUUGAACUUAAGGCUACAUUUGAUCCAGAAAUAUUUUUCAAUAUUAUAUUACCACCAAUCAUUUUUCAUGCUGGUUAUAGCUUGAAAAGGAAAUACUUCUUUCGGAACCUUGGGGCUAUUUUGACUUACGCACUGAUUGGCACAACACUGUCGUCGUUUGCUGUGGGUGCUUUGAUGUAUGGUUUCAUCCAGUUGCGGCCCUAUCUGAAGUCAAGUUUCACGUUUUUGGAUACUUUAUACUUUGGUGCCCUCAUUUCUCCAACAGAUCCUUUGACAAUAUUAGCCAUUUUCAAUGACCUUCAUGUUGAUGUCAAUUUGUAUGCACUUGUUUUUGGUGAAAGUGUCCUAAAUGAUGCAGUUGCUAUUGUUUUAAGCGGAGCUAUACAAAAUUAUGGAGAAAGGUACCAAUCAGGAUCAGGAGGUUUUGAAACUGAUGCAUUCUUUAGAGCAUUGGGGGAUUUCUUCGUGAUUUUCAGUUUAUCUCUCCUGAUUGGAACUGUCAUGGGAUGCAUUACAGCCUUGAUGACCAAGUUCACGAGGGUGAGGGAUUUUCCUCUCCUGGAAUCAGCUUUGUUUGUGCUGAUGUCAUACAGCACGUUUCUUAUCGCAGAGGCAUCUGACCUCACAGGUAUUGUGGCUGUCCUGUUUUGUGGAAUCUGUCAAGCACAUUAUACCUACAACAAUUUGUCCGUAGACUCUCGAACAAGGACAAAGAAGUUGUUUGAACUGCUCAACUUUCUUGCUGAAAAUUUUAUAUUUGUAUACAUAGGUGUUUCUAUGUUCACAUUCCCAAAACACCAUUUUGAUCCUGGAUUCAUCAUUGUGGGAUUUUUAUGUGCAAUGGUGGGUCGUGCAGUAAACAUUUAUCCUCUAUCAUUCCUUUUAAAUCUAGGCAGGAAACCAAAGAUCGCAUAUAACUUUCAGCAUAUGUUGUUUUUUGCAGGUCUGAGGGGAGCUAUGUCUUUCGCAUUGGCCAUCCGAAAUACUGUGUCAGAUGCAAGGCAAGCCAUGUUGACAACUACUUCACUGAUAGUUAUCAUCACAGUAAUAGUGCAAGGUGGUGCAACAAUGCAAUUGUUGACGUGGUUCAAGAUACCAUCCCAUCAAGAAGGAGAACCUUCAGGGAUGUGGGACGAAUCAAGUGUCGGGGUGGAAGAAGAAGUAGAAAUGCUUCCCUAUACAGGAGUUAGAAAUGUAUACAAUUCAAUGGGGACAACAUUGAGGGAGGACACAUCGGAGCAGCCUCGUGAGAGCAACAAAGUCAAUGAAAAAGCUUGGCUUGCUCGUAUUUGGGGGAACUUUGAUGUAAGAUAUAUGAAACCAUUGUUGACACAUGCACGUCCCACACUAUUGGAAACCCUUCCUGUAUGCUGUAAUCCUCUCGCAAGAGUUUUGACAACAACUGAGCAAAUGACACAGGAGAAUCGUUCCAGAUCACAAAUGGAUUCUGAUUCCGAUUUGUGUAUAGAUGACAAUGAUGUCAGUUACACAAAUCACCGUCGAUCCAGUGGUGCGAGAAGUGACAGUGUGACAAUAUCUGGUGAUUUAGGCCUUGGCAGUCGUGUAGUGGACACACGUGUUCGAAUCCCUGGACCUGGUGGAAAUAACAUUUAAUCUGAUUAGGAAGUAUCAGGAAGGCUGUGAAAUAAGAAGAACACAACAGUAUUGUUUUGUGAUUAUUCCUAGAAUAUAAAAUGUGUGUAUCCUGCGUGAUCAGCAAAGACCAAACAGACAUGUUAGAUACAGUUCACUUCACUAUAAUUUUGCCUUCAACUGUGCUUGAUAUCAGUUCAGAAGUGUUUCAUAACAUGUUCUGUAAACAACUGCAUGUAAAAUGUUGCCUCACUCUCAUUUGUUAGCGAAAUUUGCGUACUUGCAGCUUGUGGUUAAUGCUGUUAUACUUGGCAACUGAAUUUGCACACUGUUGCUCAUGUAGCUCAGUACAAGAAUCAUUUAAGAACUCUAAAACAUUUAUCACACAAUUUAUUGGAAACAAAAUUAAUAUAAUUCAAAAGUGUUAAAGUUUGUUUUACUAAAAUAUUCUUCUUUAUCGUGAACACAUUUUUAUCACUUAUAAUUAAAAAUAUCUAUUAACCAUACUUUACUCUGUGUUGUCAGCUAAUGUUUGUUAUAACAGACAUGGAAAUAUGAAAAAUAUGUCAGGCAGCAAAAUAGAAAGAAAACUCUGAGUCAUUCGAAAAUACAUUCUUAUUAAAGCAUUGAUUCUGGUGGGGUUUUGUCAUCUGCAGUGUGGUAUGUGCAAAGAAAGUAGCAGGAAGUUUCUUCGUGAAUAUUUAAUGACUUUGGAAAUAUAUGACAGUUGUGCUGGAAUAGAAAAACAUAGUUUCGGCUGUAAUACUGCAUUAAGUCUUCUUUUUUCAUUUGUGAAGGUGUAAUAUAAAUCCUAAAUUGGAUUUAAGUCAGUAUUAAAGGCUGAUUUAAUUUUCUUAUCUAUUACUCUCAUUGAGGAGAUGUUUUAUAUACUUCACUGUACUAGCAGAAAGAGGCUGCAUGCAGCUCACUCAUGUCAUAAUAGAUGAAUAAUGCCAAAGUUUAUUUUAUUUAUUUAUUUAUUUUUUUCAUACUGUAGUUUUCAUCACCAGCAGUUUUAAUUUACAUUAGAAGUGCUCUUAAAUUUUCAUUCAAAUUCUUCAAUUGUCCUCUGCUUCCAUUUAGCAGUGCGACAAUUAUUUGCAGCAACCAAACAGUUUUCUCCUUUAGUAAAACUAAUAUUUUAUUGGUAUAGUUUACAGUUUAUUUCAGUAUACAACCAGUUUAUAAUAAUAGAUUCCUUGUAGACAUAGAAAUAAAUAUAAUGUCAGAGAGGCAGGUUGUCUUGUGACUUCGGAUUCAGAGUGGACCAUCACAGCUUAAUGCACAGAACAUCUGGAAUCUGAUCCUUUACAGGAGCUAUUACAUUCUUUAUUUAGGAUAAGUUUCUCUGAACUAUUCAUAAUCAUAGAUGAGACAGGUUUCUGUGCAUGUUUAUAUCUUCAACUUUUCAUUUGAGGUUAGCACUGCAGAUUUAUUGAACACUUUGUACUUCUGUUAACAGAAUUUUUUACUUCUCAAAGUCAAGUUGUCAGUUUAACACUUCUGCUAUAGCAAAAUUAAAUUAUUCCUAAUAGUUAUUCAGCUGCAAUUGGAAAACUACAAUAGGGAUCUCUUUACAGAUUUUCUGUAAAUGUACCUGGUUUCUUAUGUAAAAUUGUGCUGAUUUGCUGUUUGAUAAUGAAAUAAAAUUGAGAGUAAAAUAAGUGAAACAUUAGUAUACAGUUCUGUUCCAAUGGGAAAAACUAAGCACAGCACACAGGUAACUGCUCACUAGUGCUGAACUGUUAUGCUUGAGAUAACCAUCUAUGCACACAUUUAUCAAUAUAAGAUGAAAAAAAUAGUAUAGAUAAGUGUAAAGAUGAGUGCCAAGAACUAUAGUGUUUAAAGAGAAUUUUUUUUAACUAAGAUGCCAGUGUAUUGUCUUUCAGAUGCAUUAUAAUUAAUACUUUAAAAUUCCAAUUAUUUCUGCUAUCUACCAGUUGAUAAGUGUGGCUAUCAUCUUACGUAAUUUUUUAAAUAGCUUUGGUAAGGUUUAUAAAUUAUUGAAAAUUGUGGAAAUAUAAUUUAAACUCAGUAAUUAUUAAACUUAUUUUCCUUAAAUUGAGGUCUCUAAUGUAGCAGGAAAAUACCAUAUUGUCACUAAUUACAGAUAUCACUUGCAGUUGGUUUUCCAUGAUUGGUAUGUGAAAAUAUGAGGGGAAAUAAUAUAACAAUAUGAUCAUGCAACAAUUAUUGCACAAUUCUUGAUAAUUUGAUAACCAUUUGUUCAGUGCUACAAAUAUAUAAUGUAAGGAGUCAUGAAAGUUAUUUUCUGUAUAUCAGCACUUUAAGUGGCAAAAAGUUUUUUUUUCUUCAGAAGGACAAUAAAAUACAUGUCAGUAUGUACUCUUUGGGAAUAGUAGUGAAUAAUCCAGCCCAAUUUAUUGCGUAUUUUUAAGUCUGUUGUUGUGUAUGGGGUGAUAAAAUAUUCAUCAAUGAAUCAGAAAAAAAUUAUGCAUGGUAAUUCCAGUUAUUUACCAGUGGUGUACAUAUAUUUGCCAUUGUCACUUAAAGGGUUAACUCAGUUUCUUUCACAUUUAUAUUAAAAUACAAUAUUACAUGCUGUGGCACAUACAUCAACAGUACUUU